CCCUGCGUUGGGGGCGCGGGCGGGAGGAGGACGGUGCACUUUGUCCGCAGCAGCAUCCUUUCCUGUCAGCGCCCGAACCCGGGUCCCGGCGCUGCCCGAACUUCAGGUGCGGCUGUUUGCAUCGCUGUCACGUCGCCCCCAGGCUGGCCAAGCAACCGGACUGCGCUAUCAGAUAGAAAAUGGUCUGGCUAAAACCACAGUGACAGUACAAUCUAAAGCCCUGGUGUUUUGUGAAUUUACUCUUCAGCGAUCGCAUACUGCAGCCAUACAAUUAUGGCAGCUUUCCAGCCUUUCAGGAGCAGUCACAUAAAGAAUAAAGCAUCUGUCCGGAAAAACUUCAGUGAAGAUGUGUUCCAGUCUGUGAAGUCUUUAUUACAGAGUGAGAAGGAGCUGUGCAGUGUAUCUGGAGGAGAGUGUUUAAACCAGGAUGAACACGCCCACUUCGCUGAGGUCACAUUUCUGGGAUUUAAUGAAGAAACAGAUGCUGCUCAUAUACAGGAUCUAGCUGCAGUUUCACUGGAACUUCCAGACCUUCUGAAUUCACUCCAUUUCUGCAGUCUAAGUGAAAAUGAAAUCAUUUGUAUGAAGGAUGUCAGUAAAUCGUCAGCUGUCAGCAGUAGUCCUCUAAGUCAGAGUCAUCAUUCUGGAAUGCUUUGUGUCAUGAGAGUGUCACCUACAUUACCAGGACUCAGAACUGAUUUUAUCUUUAGUCUCCUAAGUAAAUAUGCUGCUGGUAUAAGACACACCCUGGACACAUACUUGCAUCAGAAACACCACCUUGAGACCGCUGAUGAAGAAGAUGAUGAUGAUACGAACCAGUCUGUGUCCUCCAUAGAGGAUGACUUUGUCACUGCCUUUGAGCAGCUAGAGGAGGAGGAGAGCGCAAAGCUGUAUAAUGAUGAAAUAAAUAUUGCUACACUAAGGAGCCACUGUGAUGCUGCCUCUCAAACUUCUUCUGGUCACCAUUUAGAAACCCAGGAUUUCAAAGUGCUGAUCAGUUAUGGACCACAGAGGUCAUUGGCUAAGCCUUCAUCUUCAGCACAUGUUCUGGGACGCAAAGAAGCAUCUUCUGUGAAAACAUCAGUUACAACAUCAGUUUCAGAGCCCUGGACACAAAGAAGUCUCUACAGGUCACCCAGCGCUUCAGAUAAAGGCAGGGACACACAGCAGAUACUCCUUCCUCCUUCGCCUGCCAACUCCUCAGAGUCUGAGUGCUCCAGCCCAAGUCCUGUAAUUUUUUUGGAUGAAGAGGGAUACCAAAAAAGUUUAAAAGCAAAACUUGAGCUGCCUGAAAUUCCUGUGACAAAAGAUGAUGUAGAGGAUUCAGACUCAGAAGUGAGCGAAUUUUUUGAUAGCUUUGAUCAGUUUGAUGAACUAGAGCAAACUUUAGAGACUUCUUGUCCAUUUAUGAAAGAUCCUGGCAUGGGGAAGCCAUCACAGAAGAUAGGGCAUAGACAUGAGAAAUCUUGUAUGAAUCCUCAGAAGUUCAAGUUUGAGUGUCCAGCUCUUCCAGCUAAUGUUAGAAAGCCAACUCCACGAAAACCUGAGUCUCCAUUUGGUCACCUGUGUGAUGCUCCAGAUUCCCCUCGUCCAGUGAUGGCGUCAGAAGACAGUGGCUUGUUUAGCCCUAUUCGAGCCUCUGCUUUUAGUCCUCCUGGAAGCUGUACUCCUGCUGAAUGUUUUUGCCAAACGGAUACUGGUAGAGAUAGGAUUAAUGAAAAUCAGGAUCCUUUUUAUUGUACUUAUGAAGAUUAUGCAAAUAAUCUUUCAUGUGAAGUGCUAGGUUCAGUUCUUCAUACUCAUUGUGCAAAUACAAUGUCAGAUAUUAAUAGUAUUAAAAGGGAAGAAAAUUAUACUGUUGCUUUUAAGCCUGGGAAUUCUGAUCAAAAAAAUAAAUGUAAAAAUAAAUCUUCAAUGAUUACAGACAGUGUUCAGAAGUUUGCAGCAGAUCUUGUAGGAAAAAGUUUUGGCAGUGCAUUUAAAGACUUACAGAAAGGAGUUUCCUCAUGUACCAGUGCAUUGUGCCACUUGGCUGUCAAAUUGACAUCAUCUGUUUUUCAGAUGGCAUUUAAUGAACUUAGAAGACAGUGUGCAUUUUCACUGAAAGAACGAGCCAUUGGUAGCCUGGCUAGUUUUUUGGUGAGUGAAGCCUUAUCAAAUGCCUUGAAAGAUUUACAGUACGUGAAAAAGCAGAUGUUUACAAACACAGUCGCUAGGUUUGCCGCGGACCUUGCAGAAGAGCUUGUUUUUGAAGGUAUCAUGGAGGUGUGUCAGUUUUCAUGUCCUCCGACACCUGCAUCUCAACAGUGUCCGUCAUUUGAUUUUGAAGACAAAGCCGUGAAGUCUUAUGCCAAAGAUUUGUCUGAAUCUGUAAUACAAGAAGCCUUCAUAGAACUGUCACAGACAGACGUGACCUUCACAACGAAGGCAGCAGUUAAUGUUUCUAUGGGUAAUGUCAAACAUGUGAGUGCAGAAAGUGUAGUGCCGCCUACACAGACCUGCACAUUUUCCUCAUCCCUUAGCAGUCAAGCAGUUAUGAUGACAAAACCAGUACAGGAACAUAAGAAGGAAUACACGGUGCAGCAGGCCUUGUUUUGUACUUCGGGAAUUGUCACUUCUAUACCAGUGCCCUUGGCAGGUAGUGCCCUUCUCCCAUAUCACAUUUCAUCUACUUUGUAUCAGUCCAGAUCUCAUCUCUCAUCAGAGGAUAGUAAGGCGAAUGGUGGUUCUACCCAAGAGCACAUCACCACAGAAAACAGUGAAGAUGAAGUGGACUGUAUCAGAAAUUCCCUUCUACCUUCAGAACUCAACCCAUGUAACCAGAAAGACUUCAAGCCAACCAACGGUGAUACUGACAUACAGAGUCCUUCAGAAUUAACUAGAGGCCCUGUGGUUAUUAGCAACUUUUCUGCAGGAAUGGUACAUACAAUUGUCAAUGAGUCCUUAGAGUCCAUGACAACCUUCAAAGCUACAAAACCUGUUGAUGCACAUGCAGAUUAUUUAACUAAAGUAAAAGGAAAAGCCUGUCCUCUUUCCCUUUGUGACCAAGCAGCACCACAACAGAGCAAAGCUAGCAAUAAGGACAUGUUUGCUGAACAGUUAUCGAAGUCUAUUAUUAAACAUUCCCUGGAUAAAAGCAAAUCAAUGCUUCCAAAUAUAGAUAACAAAACAGUUAGUAAGGAACGCAUGCCUGUUCUUGGGGAAGAAUCACAGUUAAUCUUGGAGGAAUCUCCCAAUGACUUUCCAGAUCACUUACCUCAUGGUUCACUCUUGGUCGGAAACCAUUGUGUUCCAGAACGUAAAGAUUCUGUGGGUUUGGGAUUUUCUUUAGAGACACUGCCACCUUGUCCACUGAUGACAGGUCAGAAAUCUGACUUGAAGGAGCUUGUGAAGAAUAAGCCAGUGGACAGGCAUAAUGUAAAUAAUACUGCACUUGAGCCCUUGUCUUUUGGACAGGAAAACCCCUUCCGUCACUCACAUGCUUUAUCAUCUGCAGUGCUUACUUGUGUGGAUGGUUUGCAUGUAGAAGAUAAACAGAAAAUCAGAGACAGAAACGGAAUACCUGAUACCCCUCCGUCAACUCCUUUGGUACCCUCUCAGACUAGUUCUGAAUGGGACAUCAAAAAGUUAACCAAAAAGCUCAAGGGGGAGUUAGCCAAAGAAUUUGCACCUGCAACACCACCUUCUACCCCUCACAACUCCUCUGUUGGUAGUUUGUCUGAGAAUGAACAGAAUACUAUAGAAAAGGAAGAGUUCAUGUUGAAACUCAUGCGAUCUCUUUCAGAAGAAGUUGAGAGCAGUGAAGGUGAAGAGCACCCAGAAAUGGAUGUGAAGUCAGAGUACUCAGGGAAGAAAGUUCAGUUUGCAGAAGCAUUAGCUGCACACAUCAUUUCUCUUGCAACUGAGAUGGCAGCCUCCCAUUUAGAUCAUGAAAGCAAUCAUGAAUCCAGGGUUCAGAGUCAAAGAUGUGUGCUAUGUACUUCUCUAAAUCAUUCGGAUGAAAACAUACCGGCAUGCAGUUUUGCAAGUGAUAUGGUAGCUGAUGUCAUUGCAGAAGCCACGAAAAUUGCAAAAACUAGAAGUUGUACUCUUUUCAGGCAGGAGAAGAAUAGUUGUCAUGUUGAUGUUGACCAAGGUAAAGGAGAGAAGCUGAAUGUGGAGAAUAUUGCACACCCGGGAGAAGUAGAUCAGUUUGUUCUUUCCUUACCAAGUUGUACACCAGGUCUGACGUACAGGUACCCCAGUUGUGAAAGUGUGACUGAUGAAUAUGCAGGUCAUGUUAUCCAAGUGCUUAAACGGGAAGGUGGCAAUGAUGAGCUAAUCAUGGACCAGUAUGCCAGUAGACUGGCUUAUCGAUCUGUCAAGUCAGGAGUGCAAGAAGCAGCUAAGACAGUAAAAAUGAAGUGCAGUUCAAAAAUGUUUUCACUGCACAAUUCUCAUGUGAAAAUAAACAAGGAACAUCAUCAGGAAGCAGAUAAAAAGAGACAAAGAAAAAGAAAUGGCAGCCAUCUUUGCAAAUACCAACUGUGUGAACGGACACAGGAUCCAUGUAGAAAUGAACUUUCUGAACUACACAGUUUUUCAGCUUCUCUUGCUAGCAUCAUAACAAGAGAUGUGAAGAAACAGCUGACAGCCCCUACAGUUGACUUACCACAAUCCUUAACAGAAUCUUGUCUUUUUGAAAAAUCUGGAUGUAUUGACAAUGGCGAGAGUAUUGUUGAACCAGAAUUUUUGAAGUCUCAUCAACCAUUGCAAAACCAUGAAUCCUGCCAGAAUACAGGCAGUUUAAGUGGACAUAGUCAUGGGGAGAAUAUUCAAGCUAUAGAACAGUAUGCUAGAAAAGUAGUGGAUGACACUUUAGAGCUAAGUUUAGGACCUACAGUUUCCCACAUUCCAGAGACCACAACAUCAGCAGAUAGAAUCACAUAUGCAGAAAAAUUGUCACCACUCCUGAAUGGAGCUUGUAGAUACUGUGACCUUAAGGAACGCCAUGGUUGCGCCAGAAGUCCCUCUCAGCCCGCUUUAAAGCAGAGUGUGUGUGCAAGUGCUAAGCCAGGCUCCCAUUCGAAACUCAGUAGCAUCCAUCUGAAGUCGAGAGUCUUUCAUCUUGAUGUGCCGCAGAUUCAUGUUAAUCUUGAUAAAAGGGCAGUGCUUGCAGAGAAGAUAGUUGCUGAAGCUAUUGAAAAAGCAGAGAGAGAGCUGAGCAAUACCAGCCUGGCAGCUGAUAGUGGCAUUGGACAAGAUGGCAUUAGCUUUGCUGAGAGCCUUACCACAGAAAUCAUGACAUCAGCUGUGACAGAUGCGGAGCAUGUUGUUAGCAGUUCAAAAGAAAUGGAAGAUUUUCCAUCAACUGAGUCAUUUGGCAGCCAACAACUGAAUCUCAGUGUUGGUGAGGACAGUACUGGUAGCUGGUCCAACUUAAGUUUUGAGGAUGACCAUCAAGAUGAAAGCAGCAGUUUCCACCAUCUCAGUGAAAGCAGUAAUGGUAACAGCAGUAGCUGGAGCAGUCUUGGUUUAGAAGGAGAUUUGUAUGAGGACAAUUUAUCCUUUCCAACAUCAGACAGUGAUGGACCAGAUGAUAGAGAUGACGAUCAGGAGGAUGGUGUGGAAGAUUUGCAACAGAAUGGAAAGACUAUGCUAAUCAUGAACAUCGACAUGGAACCAGGGGCAGUAGAUCCACAACUAAGGAUUAUUCUUCAGUGGCUUGUUGCCUCUGAGGCUGAAGUUGAAGAACUUUAUUUUCAUGACUCUUCAAAGAAGGAAUUUAUAUUACUUUCGAAACAAUUGAAAGAGAAAGGAUGGAGAGUGGGAGAUGUCCUGCAGGCCGUGUUUAAAUACUACGAAGUGCUGGAAAGAACUUCAAGUGAGGAAAGAUGCAAGUCGCUGUUCGAUUGGCUUUUGGAAAAUGCCUAGGUCAAACUCCAGACCAGUAUAUUUUAUUGUUUGUUUUUGGAAGUAAAGAAACUGAUGUUUAGGAUAUUUAGAAUAAAAUUAAAAUGCAGAAUAUUAACAUUUUAAUUGAAUUGAGAGGAAAGUAAGAAGCCUUUUAAAUGCUUCCUGUCAUCACACUGUAUAUAGUUGAUACUUUUGUAAUCUUUGUCAGAAUGUUCUCUUAUUCUUCUGUACAUGUCUUUGUGUUGUGAUGCUGAGAAAUGUCUGUGAAGGAGGAUCUAAUGCUGAGGCUGGGGGUGUUGCCCAACAGCCUUUGUUUGGAUCUACUUAGUGCUGCUGCAAACAGGGCUGAGGCAGCUGGCCUGGCCCAAGUGAUGAUUUUGUUCCUUUGGAAGUAAGUGGCAUCUGACGAUAAUUCAUCUGACAUCAAGGAAGAAAUCAGAGGCUGAUAUUUUGUUAUGUGUUUAUUUCUAAUAAGUUUGUAAUCUUUAUGUACUGUUCUUUUAGAACAGUUUAUUUCCAUAGUUCCGCUGUUGGUACUUGUAGAUUUCCCCAGACCUUUAAUUCGUUAGCAUACACAUAGUGAUUUAGGAUUCUGUGAACACCGUGAGUGAGUUUCCUUAGCCUUCCAUCAAGUGACGUUAUUUGCUACUGCUGCCUAUCAUCCUGGAAUGAGAAGGGAGGGGGAGAGGUGUUGAGAGCGUGUGCAAGAAUAAACUUAAACCUCUCCACUAGUUUAUUUUCUUUCACUUUAGUGUUUUCUCAGUUAGAAACCCACUGUUAACAUUAAAUAAAAUGUCUAAAUAUUGUGCAGUAAGAAUUUUGUCUUUUUGAUUUAUUCCACAAAUGAAAAUUCAGGUUGUAAAACACAUUGAAAUUUUAAUAAUUAAUGUGGAAAUAUACUCAGAGAAGCCUAAUAAUAAGCUUCAGCUUUGGGUUUUUGAAGAAGAAAAAAUGCCCACUUCCCCAAGAAUAAUUUUCUUUUAGCAUAGUAGGCACCCUCCCUGCAGAGCGGACCUGACUGUUUGUGAUGUUCCCAUACAUCGUCUUUGGCCUCCACAUUCCGUGCUGUGGUCUGAGGAAAAGCAAGUUGAUGUGAGUGAGGUGAGCCAGGCUCUGUGUCAGGUGUGUCUGUGAUGUGCAGAUGCUGCGCACAUUUCCUCCACUAAGAGUCUGGAAUCAAGGCCAAAUCAGUUUUGUGGGGCUCUUGGUUUUUCUCUUUUAUUGCUGCUCUCCCCAAGCUCUGACUUUACUAGAAGCUGCGAUGAGUAGGAGACAGCACCUACCAGGCGCUCAGAUGGACCUGCAUUAGUAAUUAGAGUGGAGAAGUGUAUUGUACGAGAAAGCCUCACCUUGGCUUUACUCAAGAACCACAUUGUAAACUCUAGUUUUUCUCAGUGUAACAUAGAAACAAGGCCAGCCUUAAAAAUACAUUUUUCUAUGUUUUCUCAAAUAUUUUUCAGUUUUGGGAAGUGCAGGGAAAUAUAUCCAGGUGUGCUUUUGUGCAGUUGUGGGCUUAUACUGUACUUGUACAAGGAAAUAUCACACUACACUUAUGUAAUUUGCGUGUAUGUAUUGGUUAGAUUAACAGCAAAACUGAGUUCUAAAUUUCUUUGAAGUGUAAUUGGCUAUAUAUUGGUUUUAUAAAACGGAAACUGCUUUAGGCUUAUUUAUGUUAAUGGUAUAAUCACUUGAGGCAAGCUUACCCCUUAUGUUCUUGUUUCUUUGGUAUUUUGGUGAAGCUGCUCUAUACUCAGUGUUCUUUAUUUAAAUGCUACCUACUGACAACAGUCAGAGGCGCUGGCCUGAGUUGUAACAUUAAUAGUAGGACUCACAUUGUGUCAGUUCUGUGCCGGAACACGGAGAACGUUAGAAGUAUUGGCAGGGCGAGCAGACGUGUGGGUCGUUUUCCUACAGAAAGUGUUUGCAUGUCGAGCAAUGCCAUGGACCAGGUGCAGUGUAAAGCAAGCUGUUGUGAAGCCUUCUAUGCUUUCCCCAGACUUGCUCCAUCCGUUUGCGCGUUCAGUCUUCGGAGCACCGCUGUUGAGGUAGCUCCGUCUCACAGAUCUCCUGACAUAUUUGUAAUGGACAUUGUAUACUGCCAUCAUGUACACUUGGCUCCCAAUGAAAUACAUUUUACUGGACAAUGUUAAACUUGUGAUGUGCUGAUUCUUGGUUUGCCAGUUUUAAAGGCAUGCUGUGAUGGACAGAAAGUGAGAGACCCCUGCUGAGGAACUUCUGGACCGAUCUCAUACUGAAAUAGCAAGCGCAUUUGUUUGUGUCCGUCUUUGUCUAAGUUGACCUUAAAUGACGUUUGUAUUUUAUAUGUUAUUAAUGUUGACUUUGGAAAGUAUCUCCUGAUUCAAGAGAAAUGUCACCGAAGAAAUGGCAAUAGAGAUGGGCUGGCUCCUUGUGAUGUAAAGCUGACUUUACAGUAGCCUCCAGUGACCACAUAUAGUGUCUUUGUACUUUGAGAAAUGCUUAAUUUAUCCCUGAAGAUGUUUAAUGUGAAUUAGUUCAGUUCAUACUACUAUGAUUCUGCUUAGCAAAGGGUUUCUGUUGCUGGGAGGGAGGUUUGUGUAUUAAAUGCACUGUGUAGAGUACAGAUACUUGACCCAUUUGACAGCCGGCAGCUUUGACAGUGCUGGUACAUGUUCUCCAUCGUUGAGUCCGGAGCCGUGCGACUGCCCGCUAUUUCUCCACAACUACUAUCACCAGUUUCUAGUCAGUGUAUUAUUUUGUAAUUUUUCAGAGAAAUCUUUACACAGAGUUUAAAUAUGCUGAGUGCACACAUGAGGAGGGAAAAUGCUUUCCAUGUAAAACCCUGUCUGCCUGUCACCAGCACUCAAGAAGCAGAGAGUGUCUGAUAAUCGGAGGGGCCGUGCUCAAGCGAAGUGCGCCUUUCUCCUUGUCAGCACAGCCCUGUAGGCGUCCCUUGUUUGCUGUGCGCCUGCUCUGCACCGGCGGGCGCGGUGCUGGUCACUCCUGCCACUUUAUUUAUUUAUUUUGACCACCUGUACAUUCCUUCCAUGUAGUUAGAGCUGUUAUUCUUCAAGUUCUUAUUUCAGUUUGUCGUACGGUUUGAACACUAUUUAAUGCCAGGCUUAUAUGUUGCUAAAUUCUUGCUGCCUGUGGUUACUUGUGCCGUGUUCAAAGUAAUCCGCAUUCUUGUUCAGUUACUGAAUAUUAAGUAGAAGCGACUUUGAAUAAUUGUGGCUAUUUGUUUGGGUUUGCUCAGUUAGUGCAUUAAGGUCUUAUAAUGUGUAGUAGUAACUCUUCUUUUUGCUCUUGAGUAAUUUAAUGUUCAUUUACCAAAAUAGGAACUUCGAGAUGCAUUUGAGUUUUGUUUUAGCAGUGGCUCAGAAAAUGUUUCAGAAAUUACUUUUGUAAUAAUUUGCAAUUAAUUGUUCUUUUCACUUUACUCUUGUUCAAGCCUGUGAUCUUUCCUCUUCCAGCUAAGAAUUAUCCAAUAAAUUUAAGAAAU